AUGGCCCACUUGCUCACGUGCUAUCUCAGCCCGUACCCGCUGUACAUUUGCUUCUCCCGCGCGGUCCACAAGGCCAACUUUCAAUUCGCCCACAUCUUCCACACCCCGAUGCCGCGCAGCAACGGAAUCAUGUCCUGCCAUAAACUCUUCCACAAAGCCGUCCACCUGAACAUGCGCCAGGCCCGGCGUUUCCUCGGUGAGCGCUGUGCCCCACUCUGCUGCCGCCCCAACAGAUUUCUGCACUUUGUCAUCUCGACAGAGACCCACCCGCGUACAUACGAGCCGCGCGACGUGCUUGAGACGGUGGAGCUCUUGUGCCAGAUCGGCGCUAUGGUGGAUGAGGCCGAUCGAGAUUCGUACACGCCGCUGCAUCUGCUGGCACUGAAUGGGCCGCGCAGCAUGCCGGCGCAGGAAAGCGCAAAAUGGGAGGUGACUCAUAUGGGGUGUGUGACGGCGUUGUUGAGUGCAGGGGCAACGGUCGAUAAGGCUGGAGUAAAUGGGAGGACGGCAUUUUGGUAUGCGGUGAGGGCGGGGGAGGCACACAUUGUGGAGAUGCUGCUGUAUGCCGGAUCAAACUUUAAUAAUAUCCACCGCGACGGGAAGAGGGACGAUCAAAUUCCGAAGGGUAGUAAUAGGGAUGUGAGGUGGUGGGCACAGUUGGUCAUCGAGAUGAGGCAGCAGUCCGAUACGUACGUUGAGGAAAGAAGGAUGCUUGAGGAGGGUUCAGUGCCUGCCUGA